AUGAUGCUUGCACCCGUUUUGAUUCAACAGCUCGCAACUGUUGCGUGCCCAUACUGGUCGAACUUCGAGAAACAAGAUCGAAAGCUGAUGAAAAAUUCUAACGCAGCGAUUGAAUCAACUGUUAGUACAAUUGUGACUGUGAAGUCGAAGAAUAUUCUUACUUUGGCUUUAAUGAUAAAGGUACUGGUGAUGUACAAGAGAACUUCGGAUAUGAAGUUAAAAUUAAUUUAG